AAGCAACUGCCAGUGAUGAGGCAAAUGUAGGGCUGGCAGUCAGGUGGCAGCGCAUGCGCUGUAGAUCCAUUUGUGGACUUAGUCUUCAACGCAGUUAACAGUGCCGCUGGCGAGUCUUUGUCGCCAUAGUUGAUGUGAAUUGGGUCCGAUCAUGUUGGAGAUGAAUUCUCUCGAAGGCAGCUCGGCGGCAGGGCUCAAGUCACCAAGCGGAAGCCACGGGGAUUGCGGCACCGUCUCUCAUGGCUUGACAAAUGGUGUGAAUGGAGUGGUAGUCAACAGUAGCAGCAGCAGCAGCAGUAGUCACCACAAGCCAUCUGACAAACAUAACCACAGCAGUAGCAGCAGCAAGCACCAUAAAAGCAGCAAAGAGCAUAGGGAUGACCAUCACAAACACAAAGACAAGCACAAGGACAAGCACAAGGAUAAGGAUAGGGAAAAGGAAAAAGAAAGGGAAAAGGAUAAGGAAAAAGAAAGGGAAAAGGAGAAGUCUUCCUCUGGGGCCAGCAUCAGUGCCUCGUCUUCCUCUGCAAAGCACAAGGAGGGCCAUCAUGUGUCGUCAUCCUCCAAAGGACAUUCCAGUGGCAAGGAGCACAAGUCAUCUUCCUCCUCCGCUUCAUCCAAACCCAAAGAUGCUCUUUCUUCAUCAUCGUCUGUUCAUAAGAGCACAGAGGUCAAGAAGGACUCCUCUGCUAGCAAGGAGAGUAAACCAUCGUCAGAGUCCAAGCACAAGGACAGCAGCACCAGCAGCACCAGCAAAGACAAGGACAGGCACAAGGACAAGCACAAAGAGCAUAAGGAUAAGGACAAACACAGGGACAAAGAACGCGAGAAGCACAAGAGUUCAUUGGAGAAGCAUCGGGAUAGCACCUCUCCUGUGAAGAUCAAGCAGGAAGUGGCAACUCCUAAAAAGCCUGGUGCUGAAGGCAUGUCCCCACCUCCAGCAAAGGUGAAGACUGAAGUGUCAUCGCCACCCCACCCUCCGGCUCCACGGAUGACCCUUGAGACCGAGACUGUCGACAUCAGUGAGAUCAAGGGCGAGGUGCUUAGCGAUGAUGACAUGCCACUGUCUGCACGUAAGCCACAGCAAAGGCUCUCUGAUAUCUCACCUGUAAAAAACAAGCGUGCUUUGGAGUCUGAUUCUGAAGAAGAUGAACCCCUUGCUAUCAGGUCACAGAAAGCUUCAAAGAAGAGCAAGUCUGAAGAAAAGGCCAAGAAGAAGCGGAAAGCUGAAGACAGUGAUUAUGAAGAAGAUAUGAAGCCUGCCAAGAAAGCGGCUGCUCCCAAGCCUAAGAAGGUCAAAACUGAAGUUAAAGCCGAGCCAAAAAUAGAGGAGGGCAGUCCUAAGAAGAAAGGCAAAACAAAGAAGGAAGAAGAAGUAGAAGUAUGGAAGUGGUGGGAAGAGGAGAAGCACAAUGACGGGAAGAAGUGGCACACACUGGAGCACAAAGGGCCAGUGUUUGCCCCAGCAUAUGAGCCUCUGCCAGAUAAUGUGCGCUUUUACUAUGACGGUGUUCCGGUCAAGCUAAGCCCCGAGGCUGAGGAAGUAGCUGGGUUUUAUGGUAGGAUGCUUGAUCAUGACUACACUUCCAAGGAUGUUUUCAACAAGAAUUUCUUCCAUGACUGGCGGAAGUGCAUGACUUCUAAGGAAGCAGAGCUCAUCAAAGACCUCAAGAAGUGCAAUUUCAAAGAAAUUGAUACUUACUAUAAGCUGAAGUCUGAAGAACGAAAGGCCAUGACCAAGGAGGAGAAACAGGUAAUCAAACAGCAGAAUGAAAAAUUGGUGGAAGAGUAUGGAUUCUGCAUCAUUGAUGGUCACAAGCAGAAGAUUGGUAACUUCAAGAUUGAACCUCCUGGCUUGUUUCGUGGUCGUGGAGAGCAUCCAAAAAUGGGCAUGCUAAAGCGUCGUAUCAUGCCCGAAGAUGUGAUUAUUAACAUUGGAAAGGAAGCUAAAGUACCAGACCCGCCACCAGGGCACAAGUGGAAAGAAGUUCGUCACGAUGACAAUGUGUCAUGGCUGUCUUCGUGGACGGAAAAUAUUCUUGGGCAAACAAAGUACAUUAUGCUGAAUCCUAGCUCAAAGCUGAAAGGGGAAAAGGACAUGCAAAAGUAUGAAAUGGCCCGCAAGCUAAAAUCUUGUGUGGACAAGAUUAGGCAGAACUACAUGAAUGACUGGAAAUCCAAGGAGAUGCGCAUCCGGCAGCGUUCUGUUGCACUCUACUUCAUUGACAAGCUUGCUUUGAGAGCUGGCAAUGAAAAAGAAGAAGGCGAGACUGCUGACACAGUGGGCUGUUGCUCCCUGCGUGUUGAGCACAUCACACUGCACGAUGAGAAAGAUGGCAAGGAGUUUGUGGUGGAGUUUGAUUUCCUUGGAAAGGACUCGAUUCGUUAUGUGAAUGCUGUUCCAGUGGAAAAGAGAGUUUUCAAGAAUCUAAAGCUCUUCAUGGAGAACAAAAAGCCUCAAGAUGACCUUUUUGAUCGGCUGAAUACAAGCAUUCUAAACAAGCAUCUCAAUGAGCUUAUGGAAGGCUUGACUGCCAAAGUCUUCCGUACCUACAAUGCUUCUAAGACACUUCAGGAACAGUUGGAACUUCUAACUGAAGCUGACAUGUCCCUGCCUGAAAAGAUGCUGGCCUACAAUCGGGCAAACAGGGCUGUAGCCAUCCUCUGCAACCAUCAACGAGCUGUUCCCAAGACAUUUGGGAAACAAAUGGAAAACCUGCAAAAGAAGAUGGAGGAAAAAGAAGAACAGAUCCGACAAUGCAAAAUGGAAGUCAAGCAGCUCAAAUCUGACUACCACAACUCACGGUCAGAGAAGGACAAACAGCUAUUGGAACGCAAGAAGAAACGCAUGCAGCAGCUGGAAGACCAAAUGAAGAAGCUGGAGGUGCAAGCCAUGGAUAAGGAAGAAAACAAGCAGAUUGCUCUGGGCACCUCCAAGCUCAACUAUCUUGACCCGAGGAUUAGUGUUGCCUGGUGCAAGAAGUGGAAUGUUCCCAUUGACAAGAUCUACAACAAGACGCAGAGGGACAAGUUCCGUUGGGCCAUAGAGAUGGCAGGUCCCGAUUACAAGUUUUGAGCAGAGGCCUGUCUAGUAGCCACUAUCAUGUUGAUCCCAUUGGGACUGAAGUGACGAGUAGCUCCUCCCCUUCUGCCCUCCUAGCUUUGAAGUGCUGGCCAAGCCAGCCAUUGGGUUCCCCCACAGUUCGCCUAAGCUUAGACACCAUCAGAGGGGGAAGGGCAGAGGGGGCAGAGCCCUUUUCCCCACCAUUGUUCCCGCCAGCCAUCUUCUCACUGUCCCAUAGCUGUGGAAAGGGAAACUGCACCAUAGCCAGAUUAUUUCAUUUCAGGUCUGUCUGUUUGCUCAACGUGAUGCUGUUUGUUUGACCUUGCUUUUUUUUCUUCCUCCCAACCCACCAUGUGACCAUUGCCUCUUGUUUUUCUCCUUUUGCUUGCUGUGUCAGUGUUAUCAGGGGAAUUGAGUGGAAUGAAAUGUAUUUGCUGGGAGCACUGCUGUUUUAUGUUUUGCUUUUAAGCUAAAAAAAUCUUUUAUUUAUGGUUGCGCACCUUUCGGUGCAUCUGCAUGUAUACAUAAAACAAUUGUGACUUCCUCCUUAUGUUGUCUGUUGCCGUGAACGGGGGCAAAUAACUUUCUUUGAACGAGGGGUAAGGAUCAUGUCCAAAGUAUACAUUGUCAGUGUUACGUUGUGUGUUGUUUUUGUGUGCAUGCGUGUGUGUGAGCUCAGAUAUAUCUCAUCUGGCCUUAUUUAAGCAGCCCCACAGUGAAUGCCGUUGCAGAUUACUCCCUGGUGAUGCAUAAAUGAAUUUUUAUGGUAAUAAAGCAUGCUCUCUGCAUGGAUCUUAAAAUAUUUGACCACUGUAAACAGUUAUGACCAAGACAGCUUUGUAAGAAUACUGGCAUGGCACUUUCGUGGUGUGCUUCAAAUUAUGGAUGUUCAAUACUGGGAGCAAAGGGGAGCAUCAAAGCAUAGUCAAGUAGUCACAGAAGCAGCCUGCAUUGGUAUGGCGAUUGCAGACAAAAGUAAUGUACCUUGGGCCUCAUGGCAUCUGCGAAAUAUAAAAGUAAAUUUCCAGUGUUCUAUUUUAUGUUCAUUCUAGCAAUAUGGGUGCACUAGAUUUUAGGUACAAGUGUCAUUACUAUCAGCAUGUGAAACUUGUACACCAAACUCGCACAUGAUCAUCGAUGUACACUGGCACUCAUGAUUUUUCAAGUAGUUGUAUCUUGUGCUGAUGCAUUGGGUUAGCCUUUCAUCCGCACUGUCUGGACAAAAAAAAUACUGGCAGUGGUGCUCUUUGUUCUUUCUGGACCAUCUGUAAACGUGCAUUAUUCAUUUCCAAGCAUUGUCUUACCAUAUCAGCAGUAAAAGUUAAAAAAAAAAAAUUGUGUGUGUGUCUGUCUUGUGCUCCCCGAGAGUUGAGGGUGCAUGUGUAAGACUGUCGUGCCUGGGGGCUGAGCAGGCAGGCAGUUGUCUCGCGUCGCUUUAUGCUAGGCAUUCUACUGUACACAACUAUCCUUGAGGGCGGGUGGGGAAGGAAGGACAUGUCCGGUUUGCGCUACUUGUGGCCAUGCCCCUGCUCUGUGCGCUUCACUUACAUAUAAUAGUACCUUGUAUUAUCUUGUUCAGUUUAGGGUAACGGAGUGGCCCAGCAACGUCACUGUGAAAAGGAUUUUACGACGCACAAAUUUCAUGCUCUCGGCAACCGUUUUGGUACGGUUUCCUGUAACGGUACUGAAAUCGCGUUAUGUGCGCUUUUUUGAAUCUUGUGCUAACCUUUUAUGGUUUUAUUCUUGCUUCUUAUUCGAAGGACAACGGAAUUUCUCACGCAAUGUAUAUAAAAUGGCUACAACGAAAAGAAAGUGACUGGUGACCGGAGCAGCAAAAUCUCUGCUUGCAUUCGAAAUGCCGCGCUUUGUAGAUCGUGCCUGCCACUCGUUUUGGCAUAUUGGAGAGCAUGCCAAAACAGUGUGUCGAUUUUCCCGCCCAGGUCAUCGAUUACUUUUUUUUUUCGUUUCCAGCCGUGCGCUCUUAUGCCAGCCUGCAUUUACCUAACAAAUGCUGAUGAUAUUGUGGGCGACGAGAGCGGGGCUUAAUGGGAAAUGCAUGUUAAAUUGUGUUCUAAACAUAUAUUGCCCUUUGCCAGUGCUCGGCUUUAUCCCUCCCUUUUGCGUAAACGACUCCUCUUGGCUGCUUCGUAACUGAUUGUUUCCCGAGUUUUCUGCUUGCCUUGACAUUAAACUAUAUUGAAAUAUA